AUGGAGAUCGAGCUCGCUUAUGGUGAAUCUCGCGGAUACUGGAAACAUUAUUCACCCGGGAAGUGGUUCAAACAAGCGAAAGCCGUUGGCAAGAUCAACAACGUAAAAGCUACUCUGUUAUUUGAUUCUGGUGCUGAAGUGUCGAUCAUUGACACCACCUUUGCUCGUGAGGUCGGUUGCAAUAUUGACGAAAGUCAACGACAAGAAUGUAUCAGGAUUGGAGAAACUCCGUACAUGACGGUAGGACGUACCAAGAUCAAGGUGACCCUCGCGGGAUCGCUGGUAUACUAUUUCAAUGUAUGGGUAGGCGAUCUGGCAGGGCAAGAAGCGAUUCUGGGUAUGGAUUUUAUGGUGCCUGCUGGAGUGCGGCUCGAUCUAGCGGAUGGCGCGCUAUGUCUACCAGAAGAAAUCCGCAUUCAUUUCGCAGGACGUCGCCCCGCGUACGGAUCGAAGAUACAACAUAUAACGGCGAAGGACCAACACGUGGUGAUCCCGGUCGGAGAGUCAAGGGAAGUGAAGAUCGGGAUCGGAGGGGCUAAGAUGAAGUUGUGGGUCGCUAGAGGACUAGAUUGGGUCCCCACUGUGAUCUCGGGGUGGGGUAAGACGAAAUACCUGCAGAUGACCAACAUUGGCGACCGUGAGAUCAUACUGCCCACCCACACUAUAUUAGGCAUGUGGGUCGAAGGCGAUAUGGUACCGCGAACCCAAGGUUUGGUGACAGUCGGGUCGGGGAAGUACAAGGAAUGGCAAACCCUGGCAUAUGAGGCUACGACGGAUCGAGUGAACGAACUCCCGAAAGAACCUAUCGGACCAUUGGUAGAUCGUCCUACGUAUGCCGCGCCCAAACGCAUCUUGAAACGUCCGUCUGAUGCGUUACAGAACCUGUCUCCGGCGAUUUCCACGGUAACGCCGCAAGCUAACGAUGACGAUUCGCAAAAGGCAGAUGCUGUAGUUGAGAGGGAAGUAACGGUCAGGGGAGCCGAACUAUCGUGGAUGGAGAACGGUCAUGAGAUCGGUACCCAACAUGCAACGAAGGGAGACCGCGACACCGGGCAAGAAGGGCUACGUGACAGAUCGUCUCUACCGAAGGCUGAGCCGACUGACCGACUGUUGAAAUUGGGCCAGCCGGAAGAGACGAAGGAGCCUAAAGAAGAAAUAAUGCUAAAUACUGAAGACGUCGAGAUUGAAGAAAUACCAGUUUAUCACCACGAGAGCGGAGAUUUGUUUGCGGAAGAUAUCGAGCAGCAUAUGGCCGUGCUACCAGAGAUGUCGGCGACUACGGAAGAAGUUACGAUUGAGGACAUUCAGAUCGGUGAUCCUGAUGUGCCUCUCACCACAGAUCAACAACGGCUCAGAUCGCUGAUCUGGAAGAGCCGUCACCUCCUCAUGGGUAAAGGUAAUGCUCUACCACCAGCAGCACGAGGCGCGAUCUGUAAUAUUGAUGUCGGUGGGGCAGCACCGAUAGCGCAAAGAGUGCGUCCGGUCGCACCCAAAUAUCGGGAGAAGCUGUCAGAUCUCAUCAAAGGACUAUUAGCAGCCAAAAUCGUUCAGCCAUCCACGUCACCUUGGGCGUCUCCGAUAGUGGUGAUCAUCAAGAAGAACGGAGUGGAUAUUCGCCUUUGCAUUGAUUAUCGAAUCGUUAACCAGCUGACGCGUCUGAUAGUUUAUCCCAUGCCGUUGAUCAGCGAUCUGUUGGAAGAUCUGGAUAAAGCUCUAUGGUACUGUUCGCUAGACAUGGCUAGUGGAUUUUGGGUCGUCGAAAUGACCGAACGAGCAAAACUGAUCUCAGCGUUUGUCACACCGUUUGAAUUGUUCGAGUGGCUGCGAAUGCCUUUUGGGCUUAAGAACGCGCCCCAGAUCUACCAACGUCUGGUGGACAAUGCGUUGUAUGGAUAUCUUAAGAUCGGCCAGAGAUCAGCUUCUGAUGGCCCGAUCGACGUGUUCAAAGAUGGAGAACCUGAGACAGAUCGACGACCGUCUAUACUGGGACGCCGAUCUUACAUUGACGAUAUUCUCAUACCAGCCACGUCAUGGGGAUCUUUGUACACAAAAGUAGAACGGUUGCUAAAGGCAUGA